AUGCACUUUCCUUUGAUCUUAGAAUACCCUUUAAUGUUUUAUUCUGAAGUGACUGAAAAUUAAGGGGAAUGGCUUGAAAUAGAACAAUUAGCUAUAAAAAUCCCUAAUAGUUGGGAUCUGGAUGGAAAUGUUAAUAAUUAUAAAAUCCUUGGAAUUGGAUUAGAUUCAUAAGAGUAUAGUGAAAGUGAACUUGAUAGUGUUAAAUAUAUUGUAGCAGAUCAUACAACUGAUUUACAUUACUGUGCAAAAUUUAACAAUUUUACGAAAAAGCCAUUCCUUCUUGAUAUUCCUUAAUUCAAAUUCAAAGCUUAUGAAUAUAUAUUCUUCAAAAGAAAAGACUCUUCAGAUUACCUUUAAUUAGAAAUUAUAGGAUUAUCCAAAAGGGAAAGUGAUCUUGAUCAUAAAAUGAGUUUUCUCCUAUAAUAAUUACUCUUUGAAUCUAGAUAUUCAGAAAUAGGAAUUAAAAAAUAAAUUGAAGAUGCUGUAGACAACAUAUUUUAUUAAUCGCUUAAAAAAAUGAUUCAAUUACUUGGAAGAAAGCAUCAUAUAGAAUAUGAAUCAAUGUAUGAAUUAACUAGAAAAGUAGUAUAGUGUAAAGAUUUUUCAUUACAACCAGAUGAAAUUGCUUCUAUUGUCUAUAAAACAUUUAUCAGUGAUAGUCUAUUUCCAUUUUAUUGUGAAAUCAACACUAUGAAUGACAGCUAUUUCAAAUUAAAAUUACUUAGUCUAUUUAUAAAUUCUGAAAUAUUACCUUGGUCUCCAAAAUUUCAUGCAUCUCUAGGUAUUAUUCAUCUAAUUUUUUAUAAGCUUUAGGAAAUUAUCAUUACAGCUUUACUCCCAAUGAUCUUUUUAAUUUAAAAACCCUUAAAACUCGAACACUUAAAUAAGAAUACAAAUACAUAAGACUUAGAAUAUUAGAUUUCUUUCCCUUAGAUUCAUGGGUUGAAGAUGUUUCAUAAUUUUUUAUAAAAUAUUUAGAUACCAUAUUAAACUACAUUUAAACUAAGAUGCCCAAUUAUUCAUAGUCAUCCUAAAUAAAAAAAUAAUCUUAUGAUUUUCAAUCUCAUUCUAGUAGUUCUAUCUUAGACAUUAAAGAACCUUUAAUUAGAGAUGAAAUAAAAGAAACUGAAUUGAUUAAAGAUUAAAAUAAUAAAAGUAAUUCAAGUUUCAAUGUACUUACUAACUUUUCCGAAUAAUUCAAAGUAUUACUUAAAACUGCAAUCAGAAAAAUAUAAAAUGUUCGUGAAGUCUAUGGAAUAGUUAUUUAAACUCCAUUUAUUAUUUAAUUAAAAAAACGAAUAGCUCAACAAUUUUAUGAAAACUAUUCAUCUGAAAUUAAUAGAAAUGGAAUCCUUAGUUAAUUCUGCUCUAUUAUUACUGAAACUGAACUUAGAAGUUAUUAAACAUGUGCUAAUAAUUGUUAAACUCCUGUGGCUGCAUUCAUUUAUCUCUUGUGUGAUACCUUUAGACCUUUCUCAGAGAUGCUUAGUGAAAAAACUUACUUUCUGAGAUCUCUCCAAUAAAGUGGAUUCAAAAUCCAUAAUCAUAAAGAAAAUUCAUUUGCUUCUAAAAGUAGCUUUUUAGAUACAGAUAAUAAAUUAUUCUCUUAGUAUCUAGCUACUUAUUGUAAAUAUGCAUCCAUUUAAGAAUUUUAAUUACUUGGAGAAUUAUUCAUUCAACCAGCAGUUUUAGAUUGUAGUUUAGAUUACUUUGGUUUUUAUAGUGAUGAACUUUCUGCUUAAUUUUUAACCUGCAUCUAAAAUAUAGACUUUGAACCUGAAUAAUUCUAGUAAGUUCAAAGAAAAAAUAAUCCUUAUCGGUUUUCCAAUUCCUUUAUUGCUAAUGAUUUUGAAGCUAGAGAAUUUGUUGAUGCAAUUGAUAAUUGUUCUAGAAAUACCAUCUAUGACACAGGAUAGAGAGAUGAAAAUCUAAUUGAAUACCUCUAACAAUUCUUAGACCCCAAUCCCAAAUAAUAUACAAAAUCUAAAUUUAAUUUACAUUAUUUACUCUAGUUUUUCUAGAAUGAGUUAAUUAAAUUAAAAUAAGAAGGUCUAAAAUAGGUUAGAACUAAGCAUCGAAUUCAAAGUUAUUUAGAUACAGUCUACUAUUUCUAUUUCAAUUCUAUUCGCUUAUAAAUUACUUAAAAACAAAGAAAAAAUACUAUAAGUUUAAUUGGAUUUGUUAUUGCUAAAGAUCUAAAUUAGCUUUAUUCAACCAAACCUUAAAAUAUAGAACUUCAAAUUUGA